UAUCGAAAUUAAGAAGCCCUUUUAUAUAAACCCUAAUUCCCGCUACACCUUCUCCAGCAAACCCUAGAGCCGCUAUCUUCCCCAUCUACAGGGUUUACAAAGGGAUUGAGGCAGCUGUAACCAAUGGCUCCCAAGGUUGAGAAGAAGGCAGAUGCAAAAGCACAGGCCUUGAAGGCUGCGAAAGCAGUGAAAUCUGGAGCCACUUUUAAGAAGAAGGCCAAGAAGAUCCGAACAAAGGUUACGUUUCACAGGCCAAGGACCUUGAAGAAAGAUAGGAACCCGAAGUAUCCACGCAUUAGUGCCCCACCGAGGAACAAGCUUGACCAUUACCAGAUUCUCAAGUUUCCCCUCACAACUGAGUCAGCCAUGAAGAAGAUCGAGGACAAUAACACUUUAGUAUUUAUUGUUGACAUCCGUGCAGACAAGAAGAAGAUCAAAGAUGCUGUGAAGAAGAUGUAUGAUAUUCAGGCCAAGAAAGUGAACACCUUGAUCAGGCCCGAUGGCACAAAGAAGGCAUAUGUUAGGUUGACGCCGGAUUACGAUGCCUUGGAUGUUGCAAACAAAAUCGGAAUUAUCUAAGCAGUUGGCGACUACCUUGUUUUGAAUGCUUUAUUUUUUGUGUUUUGUUGCAAGGUGAGACUGUUAUUUUCAGAUUCAGCUGGAAGAUUUAAGCUUAGUUUUUUUGUUUUUUAAGGUUGUAAUCUUGCUUUACUGCCACUUAAUCAUCUUUGGUAUAAACUUAAGUCAGAAGGUAUUGAGCA